AGCGUCAGCAAAAACCUUAAUGUGAUCAAGAUGGAAGUUGUCUUUGGACUUUUCACUGCUCCCCGGCUUUCUGCCUGCCUUUGGGGGCUUCGCUGCCUUUCCGACAGUUUUACAGCGGAGGUACUGAGUGGAGACCAGAAAAUGGUUUGCAAUAACCAAGACUGAGGACUGCUAACAAAAUAAGAUGCAUGUCAAGUGACUUAGAAAAAGAUGGACUCAUAUUUCAUGAGCGUGGACACAUCGCUUUCAGUGGAUGAAUGACAAACUUGCAAAACAUCUCUGGAUAACUGCACUCUAGGCAAACACUGGAUCUAUAACCUGGAUCUGUUGGAUUGUUACCUGUUGUUGAAUUACUUUCUUUAAACCUGCUGGAUUAUAAAAAAAAAAAAAAGCUGUCAUCACUGGAGGAUUUGGUGAAAGGUUACUCCAUCUUUAAAAUAUCUGAAUUUUACUGAGCUGUCAGUUUUGCUGUGGCUUCGGGGAGAAGUUGAAAGAGCAACUGCUUUAGGACUCCUUUUUGGUAACCUCUCGUACUCGUACUAAUAACCAGGUGCAGGUUCAUGUCAGAGGGUGCAGAUGGUAGUCGACACCAUCCAGCUGAUCUUCUGAGGAAAUAAAAGCAGACUUGGUUCUCCUUUUUUGCCUGGUGUCAGAAGAAGCUGUAUGGGAUAACACUGGCUGUCCACCAUGCCAGUAGCGAUACGGAAAAGGAGUUGGGAGGAGCAUGUGACUCAUGCUUCAGGAUUACAGUACAGCUAUGAUGAUCUGGAUCUGGUGUGCUGUCAUGGGGUGGACAGCGAGGGGCCGUGGGUGGGAGCAGGGGCUUCCAAACAAGGUCGACGGACGAGGUGUGCCUCUAUGCCAGAGGGCUGCCACCGACUGCAUACAGAAGACCUGGCUCAGACACGUGAGAUGACGGCUUCUGUUGUGAAUGAUGAAACUAAUUCAGAACAGUUGAAGCUAAUGCAAAGCCAUGUAGAAGUUCCUGUGGAUUUGCAGGAGGAGUCAGUCCACGGCUCUCAUGCGUUGGUGGAUGUUGACAUUCCCAAACGUGCCUCUGAGUCAGUGCAUCUCCAAACCACAAACAUUGGGAAUUCUGGAGUGUGUCACUGUAACUCAAACAGUGAGAUGUCUAUUGCAAAUAAUUCUUGUGCAGCUGAAAGUAGCAGUGAGAAAACUGUCAAUGUUGAAGCUGAAAUUGGCACAGAGAGUAGUCAGAGUCACGACAUCUGCAAUGACGAUAAUGUCUUUAAAAGUCCACAUAUCUGUUGUGAAGAGCAACAAUGCAUCCCUAUCUCUGCAAACAAUGGGCCUCCACUGUCUGAAUGUGCUAGUGAACAGCCUGGCAAACUUCCAAAUCAUCAGGAAACAAAGGAGAGCCAUACAGAGGGUUACAGCAGACCUCCUGAAUUCUCUGAGGCCACACAAAAACCGUCUUCUGCUACUGAACGGGAACCUCAAACUGACCUCCCAGAUGUAGAGGAAGAGAAGAUUUCCACCUCUGGCCAUGCUGAUGUGAGAGUAACCUUACCUGUUGCUAUGCUGCUUAGUUCAGUUGAUAUGAUGGAUAGUGGUGAUGUGAUGUCACAGACUAAGAAAGCUGUGGAACCAGUUGUGACUUCAGUGGUAGAGGAAGUAUGUGACAAAGGAAGAAGCUGGAAUGUAGAUUCUGCUGACAAGCUGGAUGGAUCAAAUGGCCCAGAAACUCUAAAUGAAAAUACAGGACUUAAAAAUCGUUCAAGAGACAUUCAAGAAGGAGAGCAGGAUCAUCGUGACUGCACUGGGGUACUGGAUCAGGCGCGUGGUUGUGACAUAUUCUACCAGACAUUGUCGGAGCAGCAUAAUGUUGAAAUGACAGUGGCGGAUUGGCCUCAGAUAGAGGAAAGUACACAAGUCGAAAGAAGCGAGAAGGCAGCAGAGGGCAGGUAUGAGGCAAUCACAUCAUCUGAUAUUUGUUUCAAAGGUCAGUGUUGCUCUUUGACAGUUGAAAAACUGGAUACAGAAAAGCCAAUACAAACAAACGUUUUUCAAUGUGCAGACCAGUAUCUCGAAACAACCACCUCCGUAAGUCAACCAACAGAAAACAGAGAUGAAAUCUUUGUGUCCAAAGAGUUGGCCUGUUGUGAAGAUCAAACCCUAGCUCAAGAGUUGGAAAAUAGCUGUUCAAAACUGGAUACUAUCCCAGAAGCUAGCCACACUGAGCCAGAUGACACCCCUGUACUGGAUCCUCAAAAGAACUCAAAUUUCCCCCCAAAUCCAGAUGUUCAGCGCUCCCACGUGGGUGAUGAACAUGCAGCUACUGAAAAGCACACCCAAAACCUGCCACCAUGCUCUGCAGAGGUCAAUGAUGAGCUGUCACCAGAGAGACUCCAUGACAACCAAGAGACCAGUGGUUGUUACCUCAGUGAGUCACCUGCCUGUGAGGUGGCAGAUGGUCAGAGGGAACACCACAGACCAGCAGCAGCCUCAGACUCUAGUAUGGAGGAGACAGAUGAGGCUGCACACACGGUUAUUUACAGUGAUACAAAGCCAGCCAGUCCAGUUUUAGAUGGAACAAAUGAAGCUGGAGAUCAGAAAGCGGACAACGUGGUCAAAGUGCGCAUGAGAAAGCGUGAGCAUGCUCGUCUGGACUCAAUGGUGUUGCUGCUGAUGAAGCUGGACCAGCUGGACCAGGAGAUUGAGAAUGCCCUAAGUGCCACCUCCUCGAUGGACAGCACCCCAACCCUCCACCGCCGACAACUCCUGGAGUUGGAUUUAGGAUCUAUGCCAGCUGCAUCACAAAACCCUCCACAUCCACACGCUCCCGCUUCAGGACCAACACCAGCCCUUGGAGCAAAACCUAAGAGUGUGAACACCUCCGCCAACGCCAUUUCUGAAAGAGAAAAAGCUGAGAUCGAAGCCAAAGAGGCCUGUACCUGGCUCCGAGCAGCAGGGUUCCCACAGUAUGCCCAGCUUUAUGAAGAUGCCCAGUUUCCCAUUGACAUCUCCUCAGUCACCAGAGACCAUGACUUCCUCGAUCGGGAUGCCAUCGAGGCUCUCUGCAGGAGACUGAACACCCUCAACAAGUGUGCUCUAAUGAGACUGGAGAUUUCACCACAAAGAAAAAGAAGUGAGGACUCAGAUGAGGACGAGCCUUGUGCCAUCAGUGGCCGCUGGACCUUCCAGAGGGACAGCAAGCGCUGGUCCCGUAUGGAGGAACUGGAGGUUUUUUCCACACUGGCGACAGAUGCUGCCUCGCCCCCUUUCCCGAAGGAUCAAGUAUCCCAGAAAGGCAAACUCACCCUGUGUGAAGGCAACAGUUCGGAAAGUGUCCUGACCGACCUCAGUGAGCAGCCUGAAGUAGGCUCUCUCCACAGCAGUGGGAGUGGAGGAAGAGGUGAGGAGAAGAGCCAUGGUGCAACCCUGACAACUGAGGCUCUGCCCGCCGGUGCCACUCGUGCCAGCUCUGUAGCUAGCAUGUGUUCGUCGUCAGGCACAGGCGGGUCAGGAUGUGCUAAUGAGGACUCUUUGUCUGAUGGGAUGCCUCCAUCGCCUCUGGAGACACUUGGACAGUUCACCUUUGAUGUGAAAAUGGGUAUGAGCGGAAUGGGAGGAAGUCUGGAUAGAGGAGGAGGCAGCGGCAAAAGCACUCGCUCAAGAGCGAAGAGCUUCCUCAAGAGGAUGGAGAGUCUACGACUGCGAAGUGGCACCACCUCCAAGAGAAAGAAAAAGGGCAGCACCGGCGGAGGGAAGAUAGAAAUCAGCGGCCCUGUCAUCAAAGAGGGUCUGGAUGAUGACAAGUUGCGGAGGCUCAACUGCGUGGACAUCUCUAGUAUGAACCUCAACCACAACCUCAAUCACCACCGCAAUCCCACUCAGACUAUGACACUUAACAGGAAUCGCUCUGUAUCCUACUCCACUCAGACCAGCAAUGGCAGCACUGGGAGCACAGGGAGCAGCCAGUCCGAAGCCAGCAGUGGAAGUGCAGUGAGCACACCGAGCCCAGUGACUCGUGCUCGCAGCCACAGCACAGCGGCAGGCUCUAGUAAGAGAGGAGGAAUGUAUUUGGAGGGUUUUGAUCCUUUCAGCAUUCCCCAACAAGAUCGGCAGCCAACACCCCCACCCAAAUCUGCCCCGCCCAUCCCCUGUCAAGCCAGUAAUGGGAUGACAGUUGAUGAGCAGAACCGGAGGAACAACUUCAGUGUGCGCGAGAACAGCAGGCAGACAGAAGAAGAAGAAGAGGAAGAGGAAGAGGAGGGCAUGAUCUUUUUCUACUUACCUGAGGGUCACAAGCCUGGAACCUUCCCCAAAGCCCUGCAGGACGGGAGUUCACGCAGCUACAACGAUAACGGGAACUCAGUGAUCCUCAGGGGGCGGCAGAGUAGACGCCAGCACCGUGGCUCCUCAGGCUCCGUCGACAGUCGGCUUAGUUUUUAUGACAACGUCCCCUACACGGAGAGAGAGGAGGAGGACGAGGGGGAUGAGCGCAAACUGGAGCAAGUGCUGCAACACGUCAGCGGCCUGCAGCGGUUCGUUAACGCCUGGUCAGAGGCUGUGGCCGGGGAAGAGGAGGAGGAGGAUGAAGAGGAAGAGGAAGAAGGAGACUCAGACUCUGCACUGGACUCAGCCUCGCCAUGUCCAUCAUCCCCCUUGCAGAACCGACUGGAGGAGACAGAAAACGGAAGUGACCAAGACAGUACAGGGAACCCACUGGGCGAGGGAGAGGACGGGAUGAGAGAGAGGAGAGAUUCUGGCGUUGGGGCAUCCCUAACCAGAACCAGCAGGCCGCAGAAACUCCGCUGGCCGAGCUUCCAGAACUCCCACCGGCCCAGCUCGGCUUCAGCCCAGCUCCAGAUUAGCUGCCAGUCUGUGCUUCAGAUGAAUCUGCUCCAGAAGCUCUCCCUGCUGCAGCUCACUGCUCUGCUGGAGAAACACACCCCUACAAACAAACAUGGCUUCAGCUGGGCUGUGCCAAAGUUUAUGAAGCGGAUCAAGGUGCGUGACUACAAAGACAGGAAUGUUUUCGGUGUGCCCCUACAAGUCAUCGUCCAGCGGACAGGCCAGCCCCUCCCGCAAGGAAUCCAGCAGGCCAUGCGCUAUUUACGUAACCAGUGCCUUGACCAGGUGGGUCUUUUCCGGAAAUCGGGAGUUAAAUCCCGUAUCCAAGCUCUUCGCCAGAUGAACGAGGCGAGCGGCGCAGACGGGGGAGGAGUCAACUACGAGGGCCAAUCUGCGUAUGACGUCGCAGACAUGCUGAAGCAGUACUUCAGAGAUUUGCCAGAACCGCUGCUCACCAGCAAACUGUCUGAGACCUUCCUCCAGAUUUAUCAGUACAUGCCUAAAGAGCUCCGCCUGCAGGCGGUACGCGCCGGCGUGCUGCUGCUGCCCGACGAGAACCGCGAGGCACUGCGGACGCUGCUGUGUCUGCUGAGCGAUGUGACGGCCAGCGUGGGCGAAAACCAGAUGACGCCCACCAACCUGGCAGUUUGUCUGGCGCCGUCUCUUUUCCACCUCAACACCCUGCGACGCAAGGAAAGCUCCUCGCCAAGGGUGAUGAACAGGAAGCAGAACCUGGGAAAGCCGGACCAGAGAGACCUGAAUGAGAACCUGGCUGCCACUCAUGGCCUGGCACACAUGAUCCAGGAGUGCAGGAAACUCUUCCGGAUCCCAGAGGAGAUGAGCCGCUGCAGGAACUCGUAUGUGGAGCAGGCGCUGCUGCCACGGCGCCUGGAGGAUCUCGCUGGCGAAGAGGCCGGGCAGGGAGGUUACAGAACCUGCCUACAGGACAGCCUGGACGCCCUCCUCAAAGAGGCAAAGGACAAGUUUAAAGGCUAUGACAGCUGCUCCACACCCGAGCAUGCCGAGCUGGCCUGCAGGAAGGUGCAUGAUGGUUUUCCCCUGCGGCUGUGGAAGGUGACUGUGGAGCUGCCUGCUACUGCCGAGGAGGUUCUGACGCGCCUGCUGCGGGAGCAGGGCCACUGGGACGAGGACCUGCUCGAGUGCCGGACGGUGGAGACCCUGGAUGAGAGGACAGAGGUCUACCAAUACGUCAGGAACACCAUGGCGCCGCAUCCUACCAGAGACCACCUGGUGCUCAGAACAUGGGUAACAGACCUGCCAAAGGGAGCAUGUGCACUGGUGUGUACAUCUGUGGAACAUGAAGGCGCACCUGUUGUAGGCGUUCGGGCCAAUGUCCUCACCUCACGUUACUACAUCGAGCCCUGCGGAGCCAACAAGUGCAGACUCACCCAUAUUUCCCGGAUUGACUGCAGGGGUCGUUUCCCAGAGUGGUACAAUAAACUUUAUGGACACUUGUGUGCUGCUGAAGUGGCACGGAUACGUGACUCAUUCACGGUGCCAUUGGACAAAUAAAAAAGCAGUGUGCAGUUUGUGAGACCACAGGCUCAAUAGCUCCUUUGAACCCCUGGACCAUAAUUUGAAUGCUACAGAGGACUCAAAAUGACUUAUUCCAUCCAUCCCAACAGAGAGGUAAACUGGGUCCAAACCUCUUAAUGCUCACAAAUCCUGGAUCCUGGAUUGAAGGACUUUUUUGACUGAUACCAUCAUUUCAACUGCUCUGUUGGGGCUGUCUGUGUGCUGCCAAGAGGACUCAAGUCGCACAAACAUUUAUUCCGGGCCAAAGGAGAUGAUGUCGCUGAUACGGGACGUGAGGUUUAUCCAAAGGGUGCUAUUGCUUCUGAGAAGCAAAGAGGCGUGCGUGUGUGUGUGUGCAUGAGAGUUCAAAGCAAACAAACGGUUAAUAAAUACAUAUUCCUCGCACUGGUUUCCAGUGGCAGCAUAAUGUGUACAUACAGUAUUGUGAUCACGGUAAUGGAUUGUGUCCGUCUCGUGUUACCUCUGUCUUUUUCCUUUUUCUGUUACAGCAAAGCACAGCAGACAAUAUUAUGGUCAGUUGAUUGAUGAAUCCAUGGGUGAAGAAAGACGUGAAUGUGCUGGUAAUAUGCAAGCGGAGUAGAGACAAUAGGCAGGAUGUACUGAGAUGGCAGGCCACUGAUGGCACAGAGGGGUUUUUUUAGUGUUUCAGCAGAGGGAGGCAGGGACAGGUGAGAAUCGGUGGCUGGCUCACCAAAAAGAGAGGGAACGAUCAGACUUUUAAUUACAUAGAAAUAGACGUGUGCUCACUUUUUCAAGCAAACAAAAAAUUCAACUCCACGUGGCAUGAGCUUGAUGGGAAGUUUGGAAGAUGCAUGGAAAAAAUGUAAGACCAACAGAUCUACAGUAAAGGACCAAAUUCGGAAAAAGCUGAAAGAAGUGGCUUCCCCGCGUUGAGCUUUUCCUCACUAUUAAAGAGUCAGAGGUGGUGUUGUUAAAAGCACAGUCAGUUCACUUUUUGAAACAUUGUCCACUUGACAUCACUCAUAUACAUUUAAAACACAUUAAUGUCACACAGAACAGAUAAAAAAAAAAAACAAUGCACUGUUCUAACUUUCAACAGAAGCCUCUAGCUAGCCCUUUAAAAGAUGAGAAGUAAACAGAAAACAAGGUCCUUUUAUAAAGGUGGAGAUUUUACAGGUUUUACUGUAAAGUAGAGGGCAGAUCGAAUGUUUGUGUGAUUUCAAACGGAAGGAAAAUAUCUUUGUGUAAGCUUCUUUCUUUGUGCUGCCAUGUCGGUGUUUUUAAAAAAUAAGAGAGAUUUAGGUCCUCAUAACAAAAGCUGACCUUCAUUACAUAACACUCACGCUUCAGUCUGAGGUUUUGUCAUAUGGAGUCGUAGGAUUAAUACACUAAGCCAUUGUUCAUAUCGUAAGUGUUUGUACCUUUAACUGUGUCUCUGCCAAAUAAUAACGCAUGACAAUGACAGUUAAUUUAAAACAAAUAUAUUUAUACCUCAGAUAUCUGUUUGUUUUGUAUCAUACCAUUUUAUUUUAUUUUAAUGUAAAUGUUUAAGCUUUGUGUUACAGAAAUGGACAAAUGUUUUAUCUUUUUUAUUAAUAUUAUUUCUGUACAGGUUAAUCAAAAGUGCACUAUUAAAUGUAUUAAAAUAAAAAAAAGCCUGGAGUCUUGA